AUGUCCGCCUUCGACCGCGCCACCCACAAUGCAGGCAGCUUCAGCGCCGUGACGCCGGGCGACACGGUCCAAAAAUACGUGAUCAGCGCCUUCUCCGCGAUCACCUGGUACAAUGCGAUCGAGCUGGUGAUUUUAUGUCUGACGACCUUCCACUCCUACCGGGGCUGCUACUUCUGGAGUUUAUUCAUCACCAGCUUCAGCCUGAUCCCGCACGUGCUGGGGUACACGCUCUUCCUGUUCGCGCCGGACGUCUCGCGCUACAUCUCGGUGACCCUGAUCGUGCUGACCUGGUACUGCAUGGUGACGGGCCACUCGCUGGUGCUGUGGUCGCGGCUGCACCUGGUGCUGCAGCGCCCGAAGCUCCUGACCUGGAUCCUGGGGGCGAUCAUCCUCGAUGCGAUCCUGUUCCACAUCCCGACCACCGUGCUGCUGUACGGGGCGCUGGGCGGCGCCCCGCGCUGGAAGUCCGGCUACGACGCCAUGGAGCGCAUCCAGCUCGUCGCCUUCUGCGUCCAGGAGGCCCUCCUCUCCGGGAUUUACGUCUACGAAACAAUCAAGAUGCUGCGUCUGCGGCCCGAGCGCCCGCGCCGCCUGAUCCUGGCCCAGUUGCUCGUCAUCAACAUCGUCAUCCUCGUGCUGGAUCUGGCGGUCGUCGCGAUCGAGUAUGCCGGGUACUAUGCGCUGCAGGUCAUGUUCAAGCCCGUCGCGUAUAGUAUCAAGUUGAAGCUGGAGUAUGCGAUUUUGGGGCGGUUGGUGCAGAUUGCCAAGGGCCCAAGUCUGAAUGACGCCGAUCCUUUGUCGAAUACAAGUGCCACCAGUGCGUUUGUCACCACGCCGCAGGGGUGGGAUGAGCAGGUAGAGUCGGAGGGGUCCGGGUUGCAGGGUCGCAGUCCGGUCAGGUCGCGGAAUAGUUUGGUUUCUGCUUGCUAG